CACAGCUGCUGAGUGCUGGCCGGCGGCUGAUCACACUGAAUGAAAGUGACUGUCCGCCGGAGAUUAAAUACACACCAAGCACUCGCAUGUUGUUUUUUCCUUGUUGCUUCGACAAUGCUCGGAGCUGUGUGAGCGGACCCCGUGCGUGCUUCAUAACUGAUCAUUUUGGAUUUAUUCCCACGCGAGAACUUGAUUUCUGGCCAUCAUUCUGUUUAGGAUCGUCAAUUUUGAUUUUGGUUUUGCACAAUAAUCUCCGAAUUGAUCUGCUAUGGCAGGAAGAAGCCCAACAGCAAUGCCUAAGAAAGCAUCCCGAUCCACAACCUCCCUUCCCCCGGAGCCUAUGGAGAUCAUCAGGAGCAAGGCUUGUUCAAGGAGGGUGAGAAUCAAUGUUGGGGGACUUAACCACGAAGUCUUGUGGAGGACAUUGGAAAGAUUACCCCGGACUCGUCUGGGGAAACUGAGGGAUUGCAACACCCACGAAUCCCUCCUGGAAACCUGCGAUGAUUACAACCUUGACGAAAACGAGUACUUUUUUGAUCGGCACCCGGGGGCUUUCACGUCGAUUCUGAAUUUCUACCGCACAGGAAAACUGCACAUGAUGGAGGAGAUGUGCGCCCUGUCCUUCGGCCAGGAGCUUGACUACUGGGGGAUUGACGAGAUCUACUUGGAGUCCUGCUGCCAAGCCAGGUACCACCAGAAAAAGGAGCAAAUGAACGAGGAGCUGAGGCGUGAGGCUGAGACCAUGAGGGAGAGAGAAGGCGAGGAGUUUGACAACUCUUGCUGCCCGGAUAAAAGGAGGAAGUUGUGGGAUUUGCUGGAAAAACCUGGCUCCUCGGUCGCUGCUAAGAUCUUGGCUAUCAUAUCCAUCUUAUUCAUCGUCUUGUCAACUAUUGCUUUGUCUCUCAACACACUUCCUGAACUUCAGGACAAAGAUGAGUUUGGACACCCCAAUGACAAUCCACAACUUGCCCAUGUUGAAGCCGUGUGCAUUGCAUGGUUCACAAUGGAAUACCUUUUGCGCUUCUUAUCAUCACCAAAUAAGUGGAAGUUUUUCAAAGGUCCACUAAAUGUCAUUGAUCUUUUAGCUAUCUUGCCAUAUUAUAUCACAAUUUUUCUCACUGAGUCAAACAAGAGUGUGCUCCAAUUCCAGAAUGUUAGACGAGUAGUUCAAAUUUUCCGGAUCAUGCGAAUACUACGAAUUCUUAAACUGGCCCGACAUUCAACAGGUCUGCAGUCACUAGGUUUUACUCUCAGAAGGAGCUAUAACGAACUAGGUUUGCUAAUAUUGUUUUUGGCUAUGGGCAUUAUGAUAUUUUCAAGCUUGGUAUUUUUUGCUGAGAAGGAUGAAGAUGCCACAAAGUUUACGAGCAUUCCUGCAUCUUUUUGGUGGGCCACUAUCACCAUGACAACAGUCGGAUAUGGGGAUAUAUAUCCCAAAACACUGUUAGGGAAAAUAGUUGGGGGUCUUUGUUGCAUUGCUGGAGUACUAGUGAUAGCUUUGCCAAUACCAAUCAUUGUAAACAACUUCUCAGAGUUCUACAAAGAACAGAAAAGGCAAGAGAAAGCAAUUAAGAGACGAGAAGCCCUUGAAAGAGCCAAAAGGAAUGGAAGUAUUGUCUCAAUGAACUUGAAAGAUGCAUUUGCUCGCAGUAUGGAACUUAUGGAUAUUGUGGUUGAGAAAGGAAAGGAUAAUGCAAUUAAACAAGAAAAGCCCAUGGACAAUCACCUUUCACCAAGCAACUGGAGGUGGAGAAUGUCUGAAACAAGCUCUAAUAAGUCUUUUGAGUCUAAAUAUCAGGAGCUAAGCAGGCAUAACUCAACUGAGCAGUUAAAUAACCCCAUUCGUAGCCCACAGCAUCUGAAUGCAUUAAAGCUGGAGGAAAUAUACAAUCAAAUGACAAAGACACCAUCUCAGACAAAUAUUAACAGCAGCAAGAUAGAGCAGCCCAUUAAAUCACCCAUACAUGAAGAAGAACUAGAAAUGGAAGAAGUUCCGUACUCAAACGACCCAUUGCUAAUUGCUCCCGCAGAACCAAUAUUGGACAUGCGGAGCAUCUCUAGCAUUGAUAGCUUUGCAAGUUGUACCGCUGACUUUACUGAAGCUGAUAGAUUUUCACACCCUUCAAAAAUGACAGAGACUGUGCACUUGAGAUGGAUGGCUUGUCCUGGUUCCCUGAAAGAGCAUCAGUCUUUCAUUACCAGGGAAAACACCAAUCUCAAAGAUGGAACUUGUGAACCAAAUGCGAAUGAAACUUAUAGCUUAGGCGUAGAGCAGCCGGGGUGCUCCAAUUUCAAUAGCACAUUGGAAAGCCCCAAGAGCUCACUGAAAGGUAGGAAUCCUAUGAAAUCCAGGCCACUCAAAGUGAAUUUUAUGGAAAUGAAAAGCGAUACUCCUCAGACACCAUCAAGUAUGGCUAGACUUUUACCAGUAAUAGUAACAGAUUUAUUAUGUACGCCUAAGGAUAUCAGUACCACUCUGCCAGAGGAGAAUUCUUCUCAGGAUCAGAGGCUACCCUUGGCAACCGAUAUACCAGUUUCCCAUAAGACAUCCAGUGAAGAAUCACCACAGCCACUGCCUGAGCAGGGAUAUUUUGCAUUCCAAACAAAGGGCUGUGACAAUGUAGACAGUGAUGAAGGUGAAGAGUUACUGAUAAAGGAAGAGGCUCUUCACAAUAACCAGCAGGAGAACAGCUCCUGUCGGGAGCAUGAUAAGCACAACAAGAAUGAAAACCACAUCAAAGAUGUGUCUGUGGCAGAUGCAGUUCCUCCAAAAUACAGCAGUCUAAACUGCACACACACGGCAGCAGGAGAUGGCAGUAAAGAUGAUAGCCACGCUGGAUACAAAAUGGAAAAUCACAUGUUCACACCAGAAAUUCAUGUGACACCUGGGGAAGGCAGUUUUUCUUCCUCGUGCGAAACCAGCAUGUGACUAUGGAUAAAAUAAUGUUAACUUUUCUGAUUCUUUAAAACUGCUAGUUGGAUGAUGCCUGCUAUUAACAAAAUAAAGUGGCAUAGUUCAUGUGCCUAUGAUAUUUUUGCAUGGCAUGAUGAAUCUUUUAAUCCAGCCGCUGUUUGGCUCAAAAUGUCAGACUGCUUUCCUGCAGAUAAGGGAUUUGACAACAGUGUGGCAAAACUUAGGGUUCCAUGUCGAGCCCAAAUGCUGUAAAAUUUAGAGAUGUUUUCAUCUUUCCAGUUACAAGACUAGAAUGAUUUUAUGCUACUGCAAGUUCACUACACUGGAAUAUUUUAGGUUUUGCACAAAGGGAGGACAGAAUGUAUGUGCAUGAAUUGGAAACCAAUGUGAAAGAGAGGUGCUUAGAGCCUGUAAAUGUAAUUAUUUGUAAUUAGUUCGAGAAAUUGCCAAGAAUUCAUAAAACAAAGCAUUCAUAGAAAGCAAUUAUUCUGAUGCACAAUUUUUUUUUUCCUUCAUAGCACAAUACCUGGAGGAGGUUUUGAAGGUCUUGUUGCAACAUGUAAACGGAAAUGACAUGUUGAUCUGGAGUUUCCUCCUCUUUUGUGCACAGAUAAUCAGAUGCAAAUAUAUUAAAUAUAUGGUUGCUAAAAUUCAUUUUUUAGUGACUUACACUCAUAGCCGUAACAUGCCCAGUUCUCUGCGAUCUUUUAAGUAUAACUUUUGAACUUUGCACUUAAGUGAAUCUCCACUCAUAAAAUUAGCUGUACCCCAGAAUCAUAACACAUGGGUUAGGUCCAAUUGUGCUUUCCCAGGAAUGGGGUAAUUCAUUGCAUUAUAUCCAAAUUCUCAGUUACAUAUACGUGCAAGGCCGUAAAGACUCAUUGCCAAUCAGCUGACUGGCCAAGAAUGAAGUAAAACCUCAAACCUGCUGCACUGUGGCAGAAAUCAUGCAUUAGUGAAAUAAAUCAAUUGAAACGAGGCCUAUUUUCUGGCUAUUCCUCUAAGAGGGAAAAAUUAGAAAUGCUUUAGCUUUCAUGCAAAAUCACUUAAUUAAUCAUUGUGUAGUUAACGCAAUAGAGACAUAAAUACUGACUAUCUUGUAAAACCAAAAGAACUGAGGAUGCUGUAAAUCAGGAACAAAAACAGAAAUUGCUGUAAAAACUCAGCAGGUCUGGCAAAAACUGUGGAUAAAAGAUCAGAGUUACCGUUUCAGGUCUGGUGACCCUUCCUCAGAACUGACUGUCUUGUUUCCAGCAAUUCUGAAAGAGAAAAUCUUCUCAUUUGUUAUUUAUCCCAUCUUAUUGGUAAUGUGAUGAGACCCCAUCAAUUGCACAGUUGUUUGCACUAAUUCAUGUGAAAUUUUACAUGAAGGCUUAUGCUUAAUAGCUUGCAUGGAGAUUUGGGUGUAAUUUCACCUCAACCACACUGAUGAAUUGGAUGAAAUUUCAGGACAUAUUUCGUUAUAUCCUGAUUAGGUAUAUGUUUGUUAAAAAAAACUGCAGAAACUAUUUUACUUAAGCUAUAUUUAUUUGUGAUAAGAGAUUAUCACAAUUGGGAUUUUCAUAAAUCUGUUAGUUUAAUAUAUUUUUGUUACACCUGGGUUUUGAAAGAUUAGGGAAGACUUAAUGACCAGGAAUCAGAAUGCAUAGUAUUAGUCUCUCAUUGAUUUAUCUUGUAUUGAUACUUGCCAAAUAGUCAUUACAAAUGGAUAAACUGUAUUUUUCUUGUCAGAAUUAUAUUUUUAUGGGUUAUUUGAAUAAUAUAUUUGUGUAUUUUGAAGGACCCAAGACUACCACAAAGGUUUAAAGGGUUUUCAGGGGAAUAAUUAUGUGUUGAUAUCCUUCUAAACUUUGCUGACUCCAAUAUUAAUGUUUGGUGUCUGUUUAAGUUAAUGUCCAAUACAAGUAAAAUAACUAAAUACAUAUUUCACUUAAAAUUGAUGAUCACUAGUCAGAAUUUAAAUUACCUAGCAGACAUUUUCUUAAGAAGCCAUCUAAGUUUGUUCUAAAGAUUCCUGGUGUAUGGUCAUUAAUUCUCAUCGUAUUGGAAAAAUUCCUCACUGAAUUAUGUGUAACAAAAUCGUACAAAAACUGUUUACAGUUCUUUUACACAUAGUACAAUACAAUACCACAUAAGGUAUAGUUAAGUUCUUAUUGCUGUUCAGAUACCGUAUUUGUUAAUAAGUAAAAUUUCACAUAUUUCAUUUGCACUUUAGUUAAUGCCACUGUUUAAGUGUUUUACUGUGAACACCUCUGUAUCAUUAACUGAUGAGAGAAACAAAUCUUUUAACUUGUUUUAAUCAGUAAAUUUUAUUUACAGUCUUGAUAGGAAAAAAUUCUGAUGAACUAAAGUAAUACCAGUCAGAAAAUUGUUGCCUGAAUUGUUGAACUCUUUUUAUACAUGUCGGUACAUUCUAACACCUUGGAAGCAUACUGUAAUGGCUUUAUUCUGUGUUCAAUCUGUGAGUUUGCACCUUUAAGUUGUGAAAAAAAAUCUCAUGCUUCUUUCUCGUUGAGCAAAUAAUAUCAUUUUUGCUUAUUUCUGACAAAUAACACUGCAGAAUACUCUUUUUUCAAAGAAUUGAAGCAAACUUUAAAUGUGAUUAUUCCAUUGCUACAGUCAUUAUUAUAAAGGCAUCAAUAGAGUGUGAAAGAUACUUGAAUCAGUAACAUAUGAGACCGAAACAGGCUUUUGCAGUUUCUUUUGAUGAAAUGAAAAUACCACAGCCCUCCUAAGGAAGUCUCUUCAGGGAAUGGGCUGUACCAUCAAAAGGAAAAGUGCUGAAAAACAAUUAAAAACUGAUUGUUUCUGUUCCAGUGAAGAAAUAUGUUGAAUGCAAACAGGUGAGAUUUUCUGUGUUCCUCUUAAUGCAAAAAUUAUUCGUACGACAGUCAAAACGUCAACUUAAAUGCCGACAGCUCACUAACAUGUAGUGUAAUCAAACAAAUGAAGAAAGAAGUUAACUUAUAAAGUUUAAAUGAAAAAGAAUAAAUCAGAAUGCACUUUCUGUCACUAAUAAUAUUUUUAUAAGGGUGUCCCAAAUAACUGAUCCAAUCUUAAGGGAAUUCAUGUUGUCACAAUUAUUCAUGCGUCCCUUUGUAAAUCAAUAAUAUCAGGUUUGCAGUAUAACUUGUAACAUGCUGAUAGAUCCAUAUUAUUUUUGCAACACACAUUAUAAAAAAUGACCCUGACUUUAAGCCAUGUUGAUAUUGCAAAUGAAACCUAAGGUCAGAGUGGCAUAAGUAGCUGACUCUUGACCAAAUUGAGUGGGUUUAAAAUUAAAACAAUAUAGGCUAAUGAGCAAGACAUCUGGGAGAAUCAUGUAAGAGGUCCAUCAAGGCCUUUCUCAAAAUCAGAAGCAAGACGUUGUAUUUUCCAAAAGAGUUCCAAGCAUUGGUACAAGAUUCUUGCCUAUUAACAGGAAUUUUUGCUCAUUAUCACCCUCAUUAAUAGUAAAUCUCCCUCUUCGACCACGAGCAGGACAGAAACUAGAUGCCGACAGUUCCCAAUUUGGCAACUUGGAACUUAAGACUUUAACUCACUGCUCACUCAUCCAGUAUUACCAUCUCAGGGCAUGUUUUGGGGCAGCUACUACACGCACCUCACAUCCACUGACCUUGGUAUCUGACACAUGCCAGGCUCUCCACACCCUAAUAGCACAUCUCCAAUCUAUGUACAGUGCACUUCUGCACUGCCAUGCUGCACUUGGGAGCAUACUAGUAUCUUUCAUUGUGAUGCUGCUGAAAUAAUAACAUGUGCAGGACAGACAGCCAGCUGACGAAGAUGCGUCAUGAGAUUGCUCGCUUGCUCUCCUAGCACUCAUUCACCUUGUGCCUACGUGGAUGUUCCUAGCAUAAUUGCAUAGCCCUGCCUUGCCUUUUAACGCAGAUGCAAAGUCAAGAAGCUUG